GUAAUAAAGAGAGGGGAGUCAGUGGUGAUGGAGUGCAGGGCUAAUGGUUUCCCUGAACCGAUCAUAAAAUGGAAGAAAAAGAAUGGCCAGCCACGCAUCACCAUGUUCUCCUCACACACGUACAGUCGCAUGAGUGUCUCCAAGUAUGGUGCACUCACUAUCGACAGAGUCGAGAAGUCCGAUGCAGAUGUUUACACCUGCCAUGCAGUCAGUGCCUCCGGAUCAACAAAUGCAUCUGCCAAAUUAGAAGUCAAAGGCAGUCUGAACACGUCCCCUCCUCCUAUCAUCUUGUAUGGACUUCAAAACCAGACCCUUCCCAUUCAAAGCACUGCUGUUUUGUUCUGCAAUGCUACUGGUCAGCCAACACCAUCGAUCAGCUGGUUGAAGGACAACAAAACACUCUCCAUGAACAAGGACAAGUGCCAGCUUUCUGACGAUGGAACUCUCAAAAUUAUGGAACUGCACAGCAAUGAUUCCGGUCGGUACACAUGCAUGGCAACGAACGAGAUGGGAGAAGCGCAGUCAAGUUGUUACAUAACGGUGGAGAGUCCCAACAAUCACAGGAUCAUCUUCAAGCGUACUCCCGAUCCUUUCACCUACCCGGGACCACCAGUUCGAGUACAAGCUACUGAAAUCAAAGAAACGAGUGUGAAGUUGGUUUGGAGGACGAAUAAUUAUGACGGUUACUCGGAAAUUACAAAUUUCGUCGUUGAGUACUUCAGCCCGGAUCAGGGAGAGGGUUGGGUCAUUGCAAGUGACGGCGUCACUGAGUUGUCGUACGUUGUUCGGAAUCUUCAGCCUGCCACUUCCUACCUCUUCUUGGUCAGAGCACAAAAUUCUCACGGCAUCGGCAUGCCAAGUCACGUCACUUCUUUGAUCAAGACCAAAAGUAUUUUAAUUUUAAUUACAUUCAGUGAUCCAUUGAGUUUAUUUUGUACCUACUAA